CUGGCAUGUUGGCAUAGCGGCCGUUGCUAUCUUAGCUACGACCCCGAGUAUGGCCCUGAAAACAAAUUGUAGAUAAAGAACUGCGCUUGUUUGUACCCGCACGAUGUAGUCUUAAUCAAAUCGCGGAACGGCCAAAGUCUACAUUCCGCGAGAAGAAAAAGGUCGCACAGGGAGAAUGGAGCGUACCACAACACGUCACAUACCACAAGUUGUCGGCUUCCCCUCCUACGUGCCCAGUGCUGUACAGAACCCUAAAAGGGAAGAGCGACCUCUGGUGGAAGCUAGCAACAUUGCAUCACGGGACUGGUCUUCAAGGAAGCGGUCCAGUCGCCAUGCCCGUCCGAAACAACUUCUACCUCAGCGAUCACAGGGUUUACAAAGAACCUACACGUCAGCUGUGUACGCAUCCGAUUUUCUCCGUCGGUGUAACGAAAUGAGAAAAAGCGGUCUACUUUGCGACGUGAAAAUUCGCUCGGGAAGGAAGAUCUUUCCGGCACACAGAAUACUACUAGCUGUUGCAUCGGACAAACUUGGAUUCGAACUGGAAAAGAUCCCGCAAUCUACAACACAAGUAGAGUGGGCUUCACCACUGUGGAAAGACGUUAGCUGCUCCGCAGUACAGAGCCUACUUGACUUCAUAUACACCUCCAGAGUCGUCUUAGAUUCUGACAGCUUCCAAGAUCUUAAGAUCUUAGCAUCCCGUCUUCAGAUAGAACCUCUGGUCGAAGUGUGUCAAAACUUCAGUUCCCAAAAGUCUCGGAGUAUGACUUUCACGACGAGCCACGGAAGUUACGUGUUGGAGAAGUUAUGUGCAAUGAGGCAUGACGGGAAGUUCUGUGACGUCAUCCUGGAAGCUAGCGGUCAAACUCUCGCGGCGCACAAGCUAGUUCUCGUGAUAUUUAGCGACUACUUUCGCGCCAUGUUUACGGCUGGAAUGGUAGAGGCGAACAGUGGGAAAGUACAGCUAGUAGGAGUGCACUUUUCCAGUCUACAGACAGUAGUCGCUUUUGCGUAUACCUCGAAGAUAACACUGUCAAUGGACAAUGUAGAAAAUGUAGUUGAUCUGAGUUUCUACCUGCAAUGUGCAAUACUCACAAACCUUUGCAGUGAUUUCUUGCUGUCGAACAUCACUAUUUCAACCUGUGCCAAGAUAUCGAAAGUUGCCAGCGAUUAUCACAUGAUGAUGGUCCAGGGACGGGUGGACAAAUUUCUCGCCGAAAACUUUGCAACUUUCGUCCAAACGGAGGCUUUUCUAAACCUUCCCAUGUUCAAGGUCGCAUGUCUUUUGAUGAGUAACUCAUUGAAUGUCAAAGAAGAGGAUAUCUUUGAAGCGGCGCUGAAGUGGCUUUGUUACAAAAAAGAUCGUCUCGAGUUCACCAACUCCAUCAUGAAACACAUUCGGUUUCCUCUCAUGCAAAACGCGUACCUAGAAAAGAACGUCGCGACCUCUAGCGUAGUGUACGGGAACAGCAGUUGCCAACUGAAGCUUCAGGAAGCUCUAUGUUAUCACAGGGAGCAACACUCACAGCCAUUACAGCAGAGCGCUUGUACCAAACCUAGGGCACUACACGAAUGCCUUCUUGCCAUUGGAGGAAUCAAGUCACGUGAUGGGCGAGGAAGAACCAAUAAAGUGCAAUAUCUCAACCCCCUCACGUCCCGCUGGACAACACUGACUACGGCGAAGGACUGUUUGACUCAUCGCGCAGUGGCGGUGCUGAAUAAUUUCGUGUAUCUAAUUGGAGGUGAGGCCAACAAGAGUUCCCGGUCGGCGUCGAGCACCUGUUGGCGGUACGACCCCAGGUUCAACAGCUGGCUGCAGGUGGCGCCGCUUCAACAGCCACGUGCAGACUUCUGCGCAUGCGUCCUAGACGAGAAAGUUUACGCCAUCGGAGGAAGAAACGCUAAAGGCGAGCUGUCCUCGGUCGAAGUUUUCUGUCCUCCAUCGAAUACAUGGCAGAACACCGCGCCGUUGAACGUUAAAUCUCUCUACGGACACGCAGGCGCAACACUCGACAAGACAGUUUUCAUUUCCGGCGGAAGUGUAGGAUGGGAGCACCAGGAUGCACUGCGAAGCUUCUCGCCUAAGGACCGGAAAUGGAUCAAUAUGGCGCCCAUGCAAAUUGCCCGCACCUUCCACCGCAUGGUGGCUUUGGGCGGGAAACUCUACGUCUUGGGAGGAACUUUCUUAUCUCCAGCAAAAGUCUUAAAGACAUCGGCAACCGUGGAGAGGUAUGACCCAAACGUGGACCAGUGGACUAUGGUGGAAGACAUGUUGGUUCCGAUGUCAGAACCCGGAUGUACGACCCUGGAAGGUAGAAUCUAUCUCCUCGGAGGUCUCACCCGGAACACGGCCUCCCGAGCGGGGGUGGAGACGCUCUCGGACGUGCAGAGCUACGACCCCGACAGGGACGCCUGGAAGCCUGCCUUGGACUUACCCGAGGCGUGGACGGGAGUGUCCUGCUGUGCUUUACUGCUGCCACACAGAAUACUGAAAGGGGACCACUUCACAAGUUGAUCUAUUUCGCCAUAGAGAAUUAACAGAUUGGUGAAAUGUAGUUUCAAUUCAAAGACACUGAGGAAACAUUUUUAAACCAAAAAUAUUCUUCUUCUUGCAAAUCUCAAUGAAAAGUUACCUGCAGUACCAGAUCACAUAACUCAGUAUGAAACUUGUUGAAUCGACUAAGUAAUGGAAUAAUACUCUCAGACAUGACACUGUGUGUGUGUGUCAACGAGGUGUCAAACCAAAAUAAAACACAAAAAUAUACAGAAAG